AACCUUUCUUUCCUUAUAAAACAUUUGCAAUUUGUUUUUUAUUUCACAGCCUGAUUUGUUUACAUACAGUGUUUGCUAGUAUCCGGGUCUCCAGACUUCUUCUUCCCCGCCUCUGCUUUCACAUUGUCUGAGUUAUUGACCCCCAAAUUCUGUGAAAAAUUGUGAAACCAUUGCCAGGAAUUUGUAGCAUCCAAUCCACAUGCUUACAUGCAUCUCAGUACAGAACUGUCUAUUUUUCAUGGGAAGUCAGUCCAUCUCCAUCUGGGAAUGUGGCGACCAAAAUAGGUAUUUUAAGCCAAGCCAUGAUUUUUUUCUAACCUUAACCAAGCAUUUAACCAGAGCUGUUAAGGUGGGGUUUUGUUUGGACCCAAAAUGCAGAGGCCAGAGGCUGGAAAUCAGUUUAAAGAUAUUCAUAUUGCUACAGAGUUCUUGAGGGAGUGGAAGACGAGGAAGGCAGGCAGGCAGGCUCGGCUGUCUGGUGGUGACGUAGAGGUAUCACAGGUUGCGCGUCUCUGUUGCCACAGAUACCGCUGCUACACCCAAAGACACAGCCAUAGAUACAAUUUCGGAGAGCUACAAAACACUAAACGAUGAUGGCAAACAAGGGAAAGUGACAAAUCUGAUAGGUGUGGUGAGAUAUAAAAGCCAGCUGUAUAAACACACUACAUCACUGUUCAUGUGACUACCUGGGUAAAUCUGCUGCUUGUUGGACCAACAUAAAAAGUGUCGGUUAGCCAUGACUACACCUUCUGAAAGCUCCAAAUUGUCAGAGGAGGAAAAGACAAUCUUCCAAAGCAAGGUGUUUAAUGAUCCCAUCCACGGACAUUUGGAGUUACACCCACUUCUCAUCAAAAUCAUUGACACAAAACAAUUCCAGAGACUUCGAUUUAUCAAGCAGCUUGGUGGGGCCUACUUUGUUUACCCUGGAGCAUCCCACAACCGCUUUGAACACUCCAUUGGGGUGGCACACUUGGCAGGAGAGCUUGCACGAGCUCUGAAAACACGGCAGCCAGAGCUCGAGAUCACUGAUGAGGACAUUCUUUGUGUGCAGAUCGCUGGUCUCUGCCACGACCUGGGACAUGGGCCCUUUUCCCAUCUAUAUGAUGGAACGUUCAUCAAGAAACAACGUCCAGGAUUUAUGCGGAAGCAUGAGAAGGCCUCUACAGAAAUGUUUGACUACCUGGUGAAAGACAAUGACCUGGAGAAGGAGAUGAAGGACUGGAAGCUGGACCUGACUAAGGACCUGAUCUUCAUCAAAGAAAUGAUUAACGGACCUCUGAACGCUGAAGCAGCUCAAGAUGAGGAAAUCAAAGAUAUGAUGGACCCGGAAAAGAGGGAAACUCCAUGGCCGUAUGAAGGUCGGGGAAAGGAAAAGUCCUUCCUCUAUGAAAUCGUCUCCAACAAAAGAAAUGGCAUUGAUGUGGACAAGUUUGACUACUUUGCAAGGGACUGCCACCACCUGGGCAUGAAGAACAACUUUGACUAUCGCCGCUUCAUACACUUUGCCAGGGUGUGUGAGGUGAAAGGGGAGAAGCAGAUCUGUGUUAGAGACAAGGAAGCAGACAAUAUCUACAACAUGUUCCACACAAGGUACUAUCUCCACAAGAGAGCCUACCAGCACAAAGUGACUAAGAUCAUAGAGACUAUGAUGACAGACGCUUUUGUAAAAGCAGACAAGCACAUCAAGAUUGAAGGCUCAAAAGAGGAGUACACGCUCUCCACAGCCAUGCAGGAUAUGGAGGCCUACACCAAGCUGACAGAUUGUGUGUUUGAGCGAAUACUCUACCCUACCUCCAACGAACUGAAAGAGGCUGAGAAGACUCUGGGGAGUAAUCCUGAACAUCUGGUAUCUGAGCAAAACCCCUCGUCUUCCUCCAACGAACUGAAAGAGGCUGGGCAGAUUCUGAAGAGGAUCAUCUCUCGAGACCUCUACAGGUUUGUGGGGGAAAUACCAACUAAUGAGGAUGUGACCAAUGCUUGGAAGGAAGAAUUGAAGAAACCGCUCCCUCUUGAAUUGAAACCUGAGGAUUUUGUAGAUUUGGUCUUUGCUCUGGACUAUGGGAUGAAAGACAAGAACCCUGUGGAUCAUCUGCACUUCUACACCAAGGAGAACCCAGACAAGGCAGUCAAGCUCCCCAAAGAGAAGGUGUCCCAACUUCUCCCAACAAACUUUUCUGAGAAGAUAAUCAGGUUUUACUGCAAGAAGACUGACGAAAAAAGUCUGAAGGCUGCCAAGGACCACUUUGAUCGGUGGUACAAGAACCAUCAAGAGAGGACACAGAUGGCAGAACAUCAGAGAACAGCCGUGGAGUAAACAACCAAUUAAUCUGAAGUUUGGAAGAUGAAGAUGUAAAACUGAAGAAAGAAACCAAAAACUCCCUGGUACUCAUCUAUCAGUUCUGGGCAAGCUAAUUUUCAAUGGCGUGCAGGGGCACUUUAGCGCUAGCAUCAAAAUGACUAUUUUUAAAACACUAAGAAGGCUCAAGGCAACAUGAAACUUUGCUCGUAGUCUCACCAGAGACUCUACACAUGAACACGAGCAUUGAGAACAUUGUAUUUGUACACACCAUAGGAGCUGGAUCUCCGGCAUGCCACCGUCAUGGCAGACAGAGAGUGUUGAUGCCCGAGAGCGACCUAACAGGUAGCCUGUUAUGUUGCACUGUUAUGUUGCACUCGGGGAUCGACACUUUUUGUCUGCCAUGACGGCGGCGCGUCGGAGGUGCAGCAGUAACCGUGAGUCGUUCAAAAACCUUUUUAGUAAACUCUGUGUACACAAGCAAUGUUCUCAAUGCUCGUGUUCAUGUGUAGAAACCCUGGUGAUACAACGAGCAAAACUUCACAUUGUGUCGAGCCUCGGUUGCUUUUUGACGAGAGUUUCACUUUAAACAAAGGAGUCACUGAGAGACUGAGGUUUGGCCUGAUUGUCCGACAUGCUUCCUAAAAGAAGUCACUGAUAGUCGAAAAUAAGUUUAACUUUUUAUUAAUGAAAAACGAUGAUCAACUCAUGAUAAAAUACACAAACUCAUCAAAGUAAUCACAGUGAUCAAAGAUAAAUAGUGGUCAACAAAACUAUGGCGACCCAGCUCACCUUCUCUGUCUAACAAUGAGAAAUGAACAGGUGCCUAUAUUAGCUAAUAACCCCGCCCAUAUCCCCCUACUCAAUAUGACCACAUAGUAAAAUAUCCAUAAACUAACCAAAACAAACACCUAGAGAUAACAAUAUCCAUUCACCUUGUAACUAAAUAGAAAAACAUCUAUUAAUUGAUUCAUGGCUCCUGUAGCAUCAAUAGCAAUAAUGCAUAUUCAAAGUAUGUACUUAGGCCUGCUCAAUAUUAUACACAUAUCUUUGUUGUAGUUUGAUCAUUUUAAAGUCAAGUUUCUCGUUCUGCAGCUGCAUGUGCCUCAUUUAAGACUGAAUCCCUAUUUGGUACCAUGUUAGUACCAAAUACGUUACAUUCUGUAAUCAUGUUGUGAAAAAUCAAUCAUGGUUUCUUAAAAUGUCUUUGUGUAAAACUGAAUACUGAAUGUUUUACAGCAGGGUUUUAUUCAGCCAUCAGUCACAUUUAUGCUUAUUUAUGUAUUAUCUGUGCAUUCUUCAUGAUCAGGUAAAGAUGUAGAGCACUGUGUAAAGCACAUCUGCAAUGGAGUAGUUUAUUUAAAGUAGACAUUUAUUUCUUGAUUAGGAGUUUCAGAUAUUUAGAGCUGUUUGGUUCGGUAGUUAAUCAUGCUAAUCAACAUGGAAAUUUGACAACAUAAUGUUUUGACUUGGCAGUUGUGGUUAUUUAACUCUUUUUUGUAUUCUUAAUUUGUACUUCUUCAAUAUGAAAUACUCACUUUCUCUUAUUUGAUGUAACUAUCUGUAUGAAUGUGGUUAAGACAGACUUUGGAUGUCGUUGUGAUUUGAUCAGUGUGGAAUAAAUAAAGGGAAACCUCCCAGAA